AUCAAUUGAUGGUGAAUCUCAUUACUCAUAUCACCUGCAAAGGUUAUGCUCUGUCUCUUCAGAGUUUUUUGUUCCUGCAGUUAUUUUGUUGCAAACAUCUGAAAGAUGUUUCAAUUCAUUUCAUAUGUUGGAUUGGCUUUACUGAUCAGCAGAUCAACACCAGCAGCUGCUAGUAGCACCACACCAACAACCACAACAGUUGGUCAAACAACCACUACUGUUGCUCCAUCCACUACAACUGCUGCUACGACAACCACAACUGUUCCUCCAACAACCUCAACUGUUCCACCAACAACCACGACAGUUCCUCCAACAACCACGACUGGUCCUCCAACAACCACGACUGUUCCACCAACAACCACAACUGUUCCACCAACAACCUUGACUGUUCCUCCAACAACCACGACUGUUCCAUCAACUACCACUACAGUUCCUCCAACAACCACAACUCACAACUGUUCCACCAACUACCACGACAGUUCCACCAACAACCACAACAGUUCCACCAACUACAACGACUUUCCUCCAACAACCACAACUGUUCCACCAACAACCACAACUGUCCCUCCAACUACCACGAUUGUUCCACCAACUACCACAACUGCUCCACCAACUACCACUACAGUUCCUCCAACAACCACGACUGUUCCACCAACAACCACAACUGCUCCACCAACUACCACUACAGUUCCUCCAACAACCACAUCUGUUCCACCAACAACCACAACUGUUCCACCAACAACCACAACUGUCCCUCCAACUACCACCACUGUUCCACCAACUACCACUACAGGUUUUCCAACAACCACUACAGUUCCUCCAACAACCACUAAAGUUCCUCCAACAACCACAACUGUUCCACCAACAACCACAACUGUUCCUCCAACAACCACAACUGUUCCUCCAACAACCACAACUUUUCCACCAACAACCACUACAGUUCCUCCAUCAACCACUACAGUUCCUCUAACAACCACAACAGUUCCACCAACAACCACAACUGCUCCACCAACUACCACUACAGUUCCUCCAACAACCACAACAGUUGGUCCAACCCUUGCAACUAUUGCUCCAACCAUCAAAGUUCCUCCAACAUCUACAUCAGUUGCUCCAUCAACUACAACCAAUGUCUCAACCACUGCAAAUUUUGCUCAAACCACAGUUUCUUCACCAAAAAUUGUUGCAAAUACUACUUCAAGAUCUAAUCUACCAACAGCUACACAUACACCAACCACUAACAACAAUCCACAAUCACUAACAACAAUUGCUCAUGCAACUCUCAAGAUGAAGCUGUUUAAUAACCUAAUCAACCCUAAAAUCCCUGAAAAUUUUCAAACGUUUGUCAAGCACAUUGAAACUCAAUUCAAGGUAACCAUCAAGCUGACAGUACUGUGAAGAAACCCGUUAGAUGGACAGCUAUUUUCAUUCAUGCAAGUACAGCUCCUGUAAUCAAAUGCAAAAGAUAACCUUAAUA